UCCACCUCAGGGCUUCCUCAAGAAAUAAGUCGAAAAAUAAAAGUCAUCAGGAAAGUUUGGAACAUAUAUACAUCGACCCUAUUUUUUAUGGUGAUUCUGAAUAUGCCAUUUGUUUUGGCUAGAAAAAUAAUGAUUAUGACCAAAACCGCUGAAUACAGGCCAAAAAAUGCCAUUUUUGCUGAUCUCAACAAAACAAUCUGGACUUGAGAGAUGUUCGCUGCUUUAUUUGCAAACAAAUUAUACAUGGAUUUGUAGCAAAUGAAAAACUCUAUCGAAUGAUAUAAAAUUCAUAGUGGGGAAACUCUAACUCAGCGCAUAGGAUGGUUUAUACUGGACACCAACGCAGUAAUUGAACGGUAUUCAACAAGUAUUUUGGCAAGAAAUUAUUUUUUUACAUUUUUGAUAAACGAUUGUCAUAUAGGAUUUGAAGUAUUUUCCACGACCUAUCUACUGAUAUAUAAUUCAUUUGGUUUGAAUUAAGUAACUAGUACAUGUAUGUAGAACUUGACAACCAAAAGAUGCCCCUAUGUAUAGACAGAAAAUUGAAGAAGUAAUCGGAUCCUAAACUUAUAAAUACCUAGCAAAAUCAUUUGAAAAUCAUAAGGUAUAUUUUCUACCAUCAUUUCCUUUGUUUCUACCCGAGCAGAUCAUUAAAAUUCAAUUGGGCCGAUUUCUGUAGAAAUCGCCCCCCGUCCUUUAUAAUAAAAUGAAAUAUUAGAAAAUACAAUAAUAUUGUUUAUGAUGUUGUUAAUGUUGUUGUUGUUAUUUGUGAUGUUGUUGACGUUGCUGUUAUUGUUUGUGAUGUUGUUGACGUUGUUGUUAUUGUUCAUGAUGUGGUUGAUGUUGUUCUUAUUAUUUGUGAUGUUGUUGUUGUUAGUGUUUCUGAUGUUGUUGUUGUAAUUAUUGUUCUUCCUAUUCUUUCUUUCUUAUACUAG